UUGCUUGUGGGGGGUUUUGGCUGUGGCCAUCUGGCAACACUGGGUGUGUUGGAUUCAGUUUUGAACCGGCCUGCGUCUGAUCACUGAUCGUGUGAUACUUCAACAUGGGCGAUAACGUGGUAGUCAACGUGCAAAAUCUGACCUUGGAGGAUAAGGCGAAAUCAAUGAAGGCACUGAAGAAGAAACAUGCUCCAGUGGAGAAGUCUGUAUCAGAGCUUAAUCCUUGGCCCUCCUAUAUUCAAGACCGUAUUGUAUUAUGGGAUAAAUUGAAAAAGGAGUACGAAGAGACAAUAGGAGCAAAGACUCCUGUAAAUAUAACUGUAACUCUUCCGGAUGGAAAGAGUACUACUCCUUAUGAUGUUGCAAAAAGUAUUAGCCAAGGAUUGGCAGAUAAUACUGUAAUCGCAAAAGUCAACAAUGAAUUAUGGGAUCUUGACAGACCUCUAGAAUUUGAUUGCAAACUGCAGCUGCUGAAGUUUGAUGAUGCAGAAGGUCAGCAAGUGUUUUGGCAUUCCAGUGCUCAUGUCCUCGGGGAAGCUAUGGAAAGAGUUUAUGGCGGCUGUCUUUGUUACGGUCCUCCUAUUGAGAAUGGCUUCUAUUAUGAUAUGUACCUGGGUGAUAAGGGAAUUUCCAACACGGACUUUCCAUAUUUAGAGGGUCUAUACAAGAAUAUAGUUAAAGAGAAACAACCGUUUGAACGGCUAGAAAUGACCAAGGAAGAUCUCUUGGAAAUGUUCAAGUACAAUGAGUUCAAAGUACGGAUUAUAAAUGACAGAAUACAAACGUCUACCACUACGGUUUAUAGAUGCGGUCCGCUGAUCGAUUUAUGUAGGGGACCGCACGUUAGACAUACGGGAAAGAUUAAGGCCAUGAAGAUCACGAAGAACUCGUCCACGUAUUGGGAGGGAAAUGUUAAUGCUGAGUCACUGCAGAGAUUAUAUGGAAUAAGUUUUCCGGAUACUAAACAAUUGAAGGAAUGGGAAAAAUUUCAGGAAGAGGCGGCCAAACGAGAUCAUAGGAAGAUCGGAAAGGAGCAGGAGCUGUAUUUCUUCCACGAACUUUCGCCCGGAUCUUGUUUCUUCCAACCACGUGGUGCAUACAUACAUAGCACCCUGGUUGACUUUAUUCGCUCCGAGUAUAGAAAGAGAGGAUUUCAAGAAGUGGUCACCCCGAACAUUUUCAAUAGCAAAUUAUGGCAGACUUCGGGACAUUGGCAGCAUUACGCGGAAAAUAUGUUUUCUUUCGAUGUGGAAAAGGAAACUUUUGCACUCAAGCCCAUGAAUUGUCCGGGUCAUUGCAUGAUUUUCGACGUUCGAUGCAGAUCUUGGCGCGAACUGCCGCUCAGAUUUGCAGAUUUCGGGGUGUUGCAUCGCAACGAAUUGUCAGGUGCAUUAACUGGUCUUACCAGAGUGAGACGGUUCCAACAGGAUGACGCGCACAUAUUCUGUUCUAUAGAGCAAAUUAAAGACGAGAUAAGUGGCGCUCUCGACUUUCUAUGGCAUGUCUAUUCCAUUCUUGGUUUUACAUUCAAUUUAUGUCUAUCUACGCGACCCGAAAAGUUCUUGGGGGAUAUAAAAGUCUGGAAUGAGGCCGAGAAAGCAUUAGAAGAGAGUUUGAACGCAUUUGGUCAACCGUGGAGCCUUAAUCCUGAAGAUGGUGCAUUCUAUGGACCUAAAAUCGACAUUACCAUCCAGGAUGCACUUAAAAGGCCUCAUCAGACUGCCACAAUACAAUUAGAUUUCCAGUUGCCAAUUAGGUUCAAUUUAUCUUACGUUAACGAAGCUGGAGAGAAAACUAGACCGGUCAUCAUACACAGAGCUAUUCUGGGCUCUGUAGAACGCAUGAUUGCGAUUCUAACCGAAUCAUAUGGCGGUAAAUGGCCGUAUUGGCUUUCUCCGCGACAAGCGAUGGUUGUGCCGGUAGCAUCGCAAUUCGAUGAUUAUGCCUUCGAAGUGAAACAGAAACUCUGGGACGCUGGCGUUAUGGUCGAAAUCGACAUUGAUCCGAGUGACACUCUAAACAAGAAGAUUCGUAAUGCUCAGCUUGCACAGUUUAACUUCAUACUCGUUGUGGGAGAGAAGGAACGUAACGCUGGCACGGUGAAUAUUAGAACGAGAGACAAUGUAGUACACGGUGAAAUGGCAGUGGACGAAUUAAUUACAAAGUUGAAAAUUCUGAAAGAAACGAGAGACUCUAGUGGCGAAUUAAAAUAAAAUCUUGAUU